AUGCUACAGUUCUACAGUACAUUAUCAACAUGGAAUUUGAAACAAGGGGGAAAAAACCUGUUGAGCACCCGACAGCGCUCCUUGCCAUCCAACCCCCGGCGGAGGCGGCUCCUCGGGGCUAUGGGUGCCAGCCCGAGGGCCGAGAGCGCGGCGGGGCCGGGCGGGGCAGGGUCCGUCCCCCAGCGCGGCGCUGCUGCGAUUCCCGGCCGGGAGUUUGGCUGGGACGCGCCGGCGGUGCGGCCGCUCUGCCGGGCCGGGGCCGAAGGCAGGUGUCCGCUUCCCUCCGCGCCGCUCCCGCCCCGGGUCCUCACCGGGCUCGUCCCUUCCCGGGACUUCCCAUUACCGCUAAAGUUUAAGCCCUUAAUUUUCUUGGCUGCAAACCCGCCGCCCGGCGAGGGGCGGUCGCUGUCGCCCAGGCCGGAGGGGGGAGCCUGGAGGAGGCCAGGUGCGACACAGCCCCGCCGCACCCACCGGCCGCCACGGCUUAUAAACACCGGGGGCGACGGGACCGGACGGGACGGAGGCGGCGGGAGGGACCGCGCCGGGCUGGAGCCUCCGCGCCGGGCGGAGUAA